UUAACCUAUAAAAUUCAUUCCGUAAAUAAACAAUCCUUGGUCCUUGGAUUCCUUCGUCAAAUUUUAAUUGUUUUUAUAACAAAAGUCCUGUAACUAAUUCUUGAAAACCAUGUCUUGUAAUUAUGCGGAAGGGUUGUCGGAAUAUGAAAAUAAAGGUGUUUUGGGGGUCCCAGAGAUUUUUGAUUCUUCAGAGAUAGUUGAGAAAAAGUGUGAGGAACUAUGUGAAUUGAUUAAGAAUUCUAGGCAUGUAGUAGUUCAUACAGGAGCUGGAAUAAGUACAUCUGCUGGAAUACCUGAUUUUAGGGGACCUCAUGGUGUUUGGACAUUAGAAAAAAAAGGGGAGAAGCCCUCUAUUAAUAUUUCCUUUGAUGAUGCACUGCCAACUAAGACACAUCAAGCGCUCAAACAUUUAAUUGAUAAAGGAAUUAUUAGGUAUAUUGUCACACAAAACAUUGAUGGUCUGCAUUUGAAAUCUGGAGUUCCUAGGAAAAAUUUAGCAGAGUUGCAUGGUAAUAUGUUUACUGAACAGUGCAAUAUUUGUAAAAGUCAGUUUGUGAGGAACAGUGCUACUUCUACCGUAGGUCAGAAACUCUUAGGAGCUAAUUGUAAAAGGAUCAUUGCUAGAGGUAGAUCUUGUAGGGGUAAAUUGACUGAUACAAUAUUAGAUUGGGAAGCUAAUUUACCUGAGGAAGAUUUAGAAAUGGCAGACUAUCAUUCAAGUGUAGCUGAUUUGAAUAUAUGUUUGGGAUCUACUCUACAAAUUGUUCCUAGUGGAAAUUUACCUCUUAGAUGUAAAAAAUACGGCGGCAAAGUUGCUAUCAUUAAUCUACAACCAACAAAACAAGAUAAGAAAGCAGAUUUAAUUAUGCAUACCUAUGUAGAUGAAGCAAUAGAAAAAAUAAUGAAACGCUUAGGUUUAGAAAUACCUGAGUAUUCAAAGGAAUUGGAUCCAACUAAAUUUGGUGGAGACAACAAUAGAAUAACUAUUCCUUGGGAUAUUGAGAGGGAAGAUUUGAAGGAAGUUAAAGAUUUAUAUGAUAUGUAUUGUAAAAAUUUCAAGAAGAAGAAAAUCCAGAAAAUUGCACAUAAGAAAGAAGAAAAACCAGUAGAUGUCUCCAAGAUAGAGGAGAAAAAAAAUGUUAAUAACAGUGAUAUAUAAUGUUUACUAGAAUAUUUCCAAAAAAAUAAUGGCAUUCAUAUUAUUUUUAUACUUUUAUCUUAUCAAUCUUAAGACAGUAUUCCUAUUAUGAUAAUACAGAUGUACCAAAAAUA